AUGGGAAUCUCUCUGAACGCCACUGUCAAAGAGGUUUUACAGAACCACAGGCGGAGAAGACAUCGGAGUACUCUGCUUAGCAAAGUUGAGGAUGAUAAUGAUGUUUUAAAAGGCUUAGCUUCUCAAGCAGAUGAUAUAGCUAAAUGGAAGUGCAGAAGUGAUGUGUACAAACCGAGAUUCAAAUCUAAAGAUACAUGGCUCCUUAUCCAAGAAGUUCACCUGCGCUGUGACUGGCAUGAGCUGACUUGGUUUAAGAACUCUACACCUAAGUUUUCCUUCUUCUUCUGGACAGUAAUGCACGACUGUAUUCAAACAGCUCUUGUCAAAGGGAUUUUGAAAGAGAACUACACGACAGCUUGGGAUGCAGUCUUUCACAACAUCAAACGUUUGGCCCCUGACAAAACAGCUCUGUUCGUGGCAAAAUACGCUCUUCAAGCAACAAUGUACAGUCUAUGGAGAGAGAGAAACGCAAGGAAGCACGGAGAAGAGUCUUCUCCACCGUUAAGAGUUAUCAAAACUCUUGACAAGGCCAUUCGAAACCGUCUCAGCACCAUCAGACUCCAAGGAAAAGAGUUUGAGAAUGCUCUAGUUUACUGGUUCAGCACUAGAAAUUAA